AUGGCGGGGCCCAACGUCGACUACUCGCUCUAUCUCGUCACAGACUCAACACCGGCUAUUCUCGGCAACAAGAGCCUCUGCCAUGUCGUCGAGGAAGCCCUCAAGGGCGGCGUGACAGUUGUGCAGUACCGUGACAAGACCAGCGACACGGGAGAACUGAUCUCGACCGCAACGCAAUUGCAUGAGAUCACGCGGCAAUAUAAGGUGCCGUUGCUCAUCAAUGACCGCGUCGAUGUGGCUCUGGCCGUGGGUUGCGAGGGCGUCCACAUCGGCCAAGAUGAUAUGAGUCUGCCCACUGCCAGACGGCUCCUUGGCCCCAGCGCAAUCAUUGGCGUCACGGUCAGCACUGUGGACGAAGCGCUGCGGGCUUGUGAAGGCGGCGCUGACUAUCUGGGCAUUGGUACCGUCUACGCCACGCCGACGAAGACAAACACCAAAGAUAUCAUUGGAACUGCGGGCGUGCGCAAGAUCCUAGAGGCAAUCGAAAAAGCAGGCUAUCAAACGUCGACAGUCUGCAUUGGCGGCAUCAAUGCAUCCAACUUGCAGCGAGUCAUGUUUCAGAGCAGUGCCACCAGGAAGGCCCUUGAUGGCGUUGCGCUGGUCAGCGCUAUCAUUGCUGACCCCGAUCCUCAAGGCGCUGCAUCGAGUCUGCUUCAGCUUAUCAAGCGUCCGCCAGCCUUCAAAAGUUUCAUUUCGGAAUCCGAUUCGGCAGCCGUGCUCAACAUAGUACCGUCCGUCAUCCAACAGGUCCAUGCCAAUAAACCUAUCUCCCAUAACAUGACAAAUCUUGUAUGGAGGGAUCCCCAACUCCCUACUUUACAUGUUGUGGCUGACGCUGGACAGGUUGUGCAAAAUUUUGCCGCAAACGUGGCCCUGGCAAUUGGCGCGUCGCCCAUCAUGGCAAACUACGGUGAGGAGGCAUCUGACCUGUGCAAUCUUGGAGGAUCGCUGGUCAUCAACAUGGGCACUGUCGACCCCAAGGGGCUGGAAAACUACCUAAAGGCACUUAAGGCUUACAACCGGGCCGGCCGGCCGGUCGUGUUUGACCCUGUAGGAGCCGGGGCUACCCAAGUGCGGCGUGAAGCCCUCAAGACCAUCAUGGCUAACGGCUAUCUUGAUGUCAUCAAGGGCAACGAGGCCGAGAUCAGGACUGUACUCGGUACCAACUUGCCGCAGCAGCGAGGGGUUGACAGCACCAGCACCCUGGACGACUCGCAAAAGGCUGAAAUGGUCCGGGAACUGGCCGAUCGGGAGAAAAAUGUGGUCGUCAUGACGGGCAAGACGGAUUUUGUCAGUGACGGUACGCGUACCUUUGCCAUUGACAACGGCCACGAAUAUCUCGGCUCAGUGACUGGGACCGGCUGUACGCUGGCUACGGCCAUAUCGGCUGCAGUAACGUUACGCCACGAGGAUAGGCUGACGGCCGUCAUCGCGGCCAUUCUGCACUUUGAAAUUGCCGCCGAGCUUGCUGCCUCCAGGUCCGACGUAAGGGGGCCGGGCACCUUUGUUCCAGCCUUUUUGGACGAGCUGUCAAGCAUUCGGCAGUCCACAGUACAAAGCGACCUCAGCUGGCUCAGGAUGGCGAAGCUGCGGAAACUAGACUAG